GGGCCGGGGUCGUGUCGCGUCGCGGUGACCGCGAAGUCGCAGGGUUCGGGCGGCCGCUGCCCGCCCUUCCCGCCGCGCUGGAAGCUCGCUUGUGUUCCUGGGCGUACCGGCCAACGAAUGGCGGUUGUUUCCGCAAGCUUUUCGGCAAAACGGUUGCUUUAAAACGCAGUUUGUUCGGCUGUGCGGAGUGCGGGGGCGCAUUGUCGCUGCACUGUCAUCGCCGAAGUGUCCCAGUGCCCUGCGGCCCUUCCAGUGAGGCCGAAAGCGGCUGGCCGCUUCUGUAACUGUUUAAAAACUGAGAGAUUAGCGUUGUUAUUGACACAGCUCUUCGCUAGUCUAGGCUUAAAAAUCUCAUAAUCAAAGCUUUUUUUUAUUGUCAUAAAAUCUUCCUUACGCUAUAAGGCACAUGUUUCUUGGAGACUUUCUGUGCUAAGUAAAAUCUCGAGAAAACUCUCAAGUAUCUUCUAGGUUUACUCUUGUUUUAUAGCUGUAGUAUCGAGUGGUAGAAACAGGCUUACAGUGAACGUGAUAUUUUACCUUGACUUAUCUAUUAAGAUCAGGCAGCUCAGAGUUGUCAGUCUUGGUUUCAAAACAGGCUGCUUGAAACGGGCGGUGCCUGUAUUAAGCCUGCUGUUAAGUAAAGUCUCACUUCAAAACUAGGUAGUAGUUCCGCUGAUUUUUUCUGCAUGUUUUUUGCAGCAAAAGAAAAAAAAAUGUUACUGCCUUCUAGUGCCACCAAGUGGACAUCUUUACUUGCCAAUACAAGCCUUCUUAAACUUAGAUUUAUUUCAACAAUUAUGUUCAAUUUUUAUGGAUGUUUGAUGUUAAGUGCCACUUCUUCACAUGCUGAAGUGUUUUCUGAAUCAAACAAAAUAUUCGAAGCAUAGCAGCAUGUAUUGUUUUAAUUGCUUACCUAAUGCCUUGUUGAAGAAGGCCAUUUGACAGCAGUAGAACCAGACAUUCCUCAUUAUCCAUGAGGAUAAUGCAUACUUCCAUGCAUGCUUGCUGCCUUUGUUAAUAACUUGACCUGGGAAAAAUCAGCAUCUGAAGUAGUAAAUGAAAACCUGGUGGUCUGGUUACAGCUUGAUUCUUCGUCCUCCAUCUGAUAGACAUCAGACAUCCUCCAUCUGAUAGUACAUCAUGAGUAGAGCAGGAUGGAGAAACUGUGUCCUCGUUUCUGUAUGAAUGUUCCAGGUUUAUUUUAUUUUACAUUCUUACUGAGAGGUGUACGAACACCAUCAUGGAGACCAUGGAUUUUGAGAAAGCAGCAAUUUUAUCAGCCCAGAGUGCCCUUACUUCAGGCAGCAGGAAAGAAGAACUCUUUCAAUCUCCUUGGACUAACUGAGGCAGAACUAAAAGAACAGUUUGUAAGAGGUGAUGGCCCAGGAGGUCAAGCCACAAAUAAGACAAACAACUGUGUUGUCUUAAAGCAUAUUCCAUCUGGGAUUGUAGUGAAGUGUCAUCAAACAAGAUCAGUGGAGCAGAACCGAAAGAUAGCCAGAGAAAUCCUGCAGGAAAAAGUUGACCUUUUCUACAAAGGUGAAGAUAGUGAUGUUUUUAAAGAGAAGAAAGCAUCAGAGAAGAAGAAGCAAGAGAAAAAAAGAAAAGCAAAGGAAAACCUAGAAAGGAAAAAGCAUUUUAAAAAAAUGCAACAAUUGGAUAUGAAAUAAACGUGAAAUACUGACUUGUCCUAGCAGGCACCCUUGCUGGCUGCCACCAAGUUCUGGCCUUCAAAAUCAAGGCCAUGGUAUGUAUUUUGAAAGCAAUGGAGACUACUAGCAACUACGCCACCUUCUUAGGAAGAUCAAUUGCAUCCAGACUGUGCCACGGAUGGAAACCUGCCAGCAAUCUGCAGGCCUGUGCCCUUGUUCCUGAACUUGAGCAUCCUGCAUGAAGGUUAAAUUUUUAUCUGUUGAGAGUUCUCGUUCAUGGAGUAUAAAUUUGAUUAAAGUGACUGUACAUACUUUUAAUACAAACUGUUAAUGAAAAUAAGCUUUAUUACGUCAAGUAAUAAAUACAUACAAAGAUGCAAAUAACAGUUUUAGUAAUUUAUCCAGAAUUUUCUUUUUUGGGCAAACUUUAAACUGAAAUCUCCAGCCUUAAUGUAGAAAUUAGCUUUCCAGGACCUUGUUAUUAUUUAAUAGGUUUCCCUAUUUUCCAUAUAACUCAUGCACUUUAAAUGGACUUCAAAGCACUAACAGUCAUGCAAAUGUUUAUGCAAAACGAACAAAAAAAGGAAAAAUAA